GAUCAAAUCUAAUUAUAUAGAGCUGGGCGGUGCUCUAAAUCGAUGACACGUUCCCCAUGAUCAUCCAGCUAAGCAUCAUACCAGUGUCGCCAAUAUUUACACCCCCAUCUCGACGGGUUUCUAGCUCAUUCAUAAGAGAUAAGAAAAGCACUGUAUGAUGUGCGCGCGAAACCUGUUUCUUUGCCACUCGAACGAAAGCAGAUGGAUUCUUCAGCUGACGAUGUCCAAGUCGCAACGGCCUGGAAUCUGCAUUACCUAGCGUGUACAUGUGUGACACUGGCUACAUUUUGGACCUAUGAUUACAUUAGUUCACUUCACGAAGAGUGGACAUUCCUGCUUCGGUCACGUUGGAAUAAGCUAAAAGCCCUUUAUAUCAUUGCACGAUAUGUCCCCUUCUUCUUCAUCGCCACGGACCUAUAUAUGAUCUUCACCCCGAACGACAACCCAGAUAAAUGCCGGAUGUUGAUCAAUAUUUACUCAUGUUUGGGAGUGAUAUCACUCACUUGCUCUGAAUGCUUUUUUAUACUCAGAACAUACGCGCUUUGGAACAAAAAUCGAAUUGUACUCGUAGCCAUGCUGUCCACCCUUUCUGCUAUCAUUGUAUCAUUCAUCAGCAUUUGGUUUACCGCUGUUGCCACCUCUGAUGUCAUAACUAGCACGAUCCCGGGUACUGUAGGCUGCUACCGGAGCUCGAGCAAUGUCUAUUUCUUCGUAUCAUUCCUUCUCUUAUUUGUGCUUGCAGUAGUAUUGGUCUUUCUCACACUCAUACCUAUCAUACAGAGCUGGCAGACAAAGGGCCGCCUGCAUAUCCUGAUGAAGCAUAACAUGUUUUACUACGCAUGCAGUUUGUUUCUCUCAGCCGUGAACGUCCUCACACCAGUGCUGUUUUCCUAUAUUUCCAUAGACUUCUUCGAACGUUUGCAGGUCCUUAUCCUCGCAAUCCUCGCCACGCGCAUGCACCUCGAUCUCUGGCAUGACAACUGGCACGCGUACGACUCUGAUUCCCUUGAAUGUAUUUCCAUGUCCGGUAUGUUACCUGCAGACCCUACGGUGUAGCGUGUUGUCCUGUAGCUUAUUUGGCGUGUUGGUGGAGUGUGGUUUAGACUAUUUUGGACUCUUAGACUACGAGAUGGCUGGUCCGGGUGCCGUGGUCGCGUUUUGGACGUCCUUCAAUUUUUAGAAUGAAUUUUGUCAGGAACAAAGGAUCCGACGCAAGGAGAUAAAUCGAAAUCUGAAGGGCAUAGUGAAUUCCAGCACGCA